AUGAGUCGUUUGAGCGUGAAUUUGACUGUUGGCGUCGGCACGGCCGCAGUGCUAUACAUGGUUCGGCUCCGCCGUGCGGCAUACUCGAACCUGGCUGAUCGUGUGCACCCACCUGUUCUAAAGAAGCGGUCCAAGAUGGUUCCGUUUGGUGCGAUCGCCGGUCAAAAUCGUGGCUCGAAUCCCAUGAAGCCCAUCCUGUACCUGGAGGACCCGUACUUCUACGUUCGGGAUGACUCUCGCAAGAACGAGGAGGUGCUGCAACAUUUGCGCAAAGAGAACGAGUAUACGGAUCUCAAAACGAAACAUCUUGCGAAUGUGCGUGCCAAUAUAUACGAUGAGCUGCUGUCACACGUACAGGAGACGGACGAGGAUUAUCCAUACCCACACGGCCCCUAUCUGUAUUAUAGCCGAACAGUCAAGGGAAGCAGCUAUGCUUACCACUGUCGCAAGUCUAAAACUGAGAACGCUCCGGAGGAGGUAUUACUGAAUGAAAAUGAGAUUGCCAAGGGCCAUCAUCACUGUGAGGUUGCCAGUGUCUCUCCCAGUCCAGAUCAUCGCUAUCUGUCCUAUAUGGUGGACUUUAGUGGCUAUGAAACUUACAUUGGCUACGUAAAGGAUCUUCAGACGGGGGAGUUGCUGUCUGACCGUAUCGAAAAUAUUUCUAGUCUGCAAUGGGGACAGAACGCCUCUGUGCUUUACUAUGCUACGCAGAACGAUGCCCACCGCCAGGACAAGCUUUGGCGCCAUGUCAUGGGAAGCUUAGAUGCAAACGAGCUACUAUAUACAGAAGACGAUGAAAUUUAUAGCGCCUACUUCCAGAAAUCUCGCAGUGGAAAAUACAUGUUUUUGGUUUCCUCUAGCAGCGAAACCAGCGAGGUUUCUUUCAUUGACUUAGACUACCCGUCAAAGCCGCCACAACUGAUUGCUAAGCGACAAAAGGGGUUAAUCUAUGAAGUGGAUCAUUUUGGUGACAACUUUUACAUCGUCACCAACAAGGACAAGGCCACAAACUUCAAGUUGAUGAGAGCACCCGUGACGUCACCAUCGCCUGAACACUGGGUAGACGUGUUUCCGUACGAUGAAAGCGUUAAGGUUGACGGUAUUGACUGUUUUAAGGACUUUAUGGUCAUGUUCGGUCGCCAGGGCGGCUAUUCCCAGCUCUGGAUCAUUGUUCCCGAGAUGGGCAAUAAGCUUUCUCGCCGCCAUAUCACUUUUCAGGAGUCAAGCUACACUGUUUCCAGCUCUAUCAAUCGGGACUUCGACACGGAUAAGUAUCGAUAUAAUUACUCAUCAAUGACCACCCCGUGGACAACAUUUGAUUAUGACAUCAACACCCAUCAGUCCAAGCUGUUAAAAGAAAAGACUGUGCCCAACUAUGACCGUUCUCUUUAUAAAACUGAGCGCGUGGAAGCUGAAGCAAGUGAUGGCACCAUGGUACCCAUCUCGCUUGUGUACCGUUCCGACAUGCGCUCGCGAGACCGCCAGCCGCUGCAUUUGUAUGGUUAUGGCUCGUAUGAAAUUUCAAUUGACCCGAGCUUUGUCUCCUCUAUCUUGCCCCUUCUGGACCGAGGUGUUAUAUACGCAAUUGCACAUAUCCGAGGUGGCGGGGAAAUGGGGCGAACGUGGUACGAGGACGCAAAGUACAAAACGAAAAUCAACACCUUCGCAGAUUUCAUCUGCUGCGCUGAGCAUUUGAUCAAUACUGGGUACACAAGUUCAAGCAAGAUGACGUGUGAAGGCCGAAGCGCUGGCGGGCUACUUAUGGGCGCAGUUUUGAAUAUGCGCCCAGACCUUUUCACGGCUGCCAUCGCUGGGGUGCCCUUUGUGGAUGUGAUGAAUACCAUGAGCGACGCCUCCAUUCCGCUGACGACUGGAGAAUGGGAAGAAUGGGGAAACCCGAACGAGAGAGCUUACUUUGAGUACAUGCUCAGUUACUCGCCAUACGAAAAUGUAAAGAAGCAAGCGUACCCGAACAUUUUGGUGACGAGUGGAUUGUUCGAUCCACGUGUGGCGUACUGGGAGCCCACCAAGUGGGUCGCUAGGCUACGUGACAUGAAGAGUGACCAGAACGAUGUGUUGCUGAAGAUGGAUUUGUCAUCGGGUCACUUUAGCGCAAGUGAUCGGUACCACUACCUGAAGGAGAAGGCUUUCGAUCUGGCGUACCUGUUGGACCAGAUGAAGGCAAUUAGGGAAGAUGACAAGAAGACACCUAAAGCUACUGCGAACGAGUAG